AAGGAAGCUUUGUGAAGACAAUUGCAUCACUGCAGAGGCUUAAAUCUUAGCUUUUACUAUAUAUGGCUACUGCCUCGCAUCAUUUCAUGUAUGUAAUGUUCAUCUUGGGGCUGCUCAUAAUGGUCAGCCUCGACUUCGCAGUUGCUCAGACAGGCGUUUGCUACGGAAGACUUGGGAAUAAUCUGCCUUCUUCGUCAGAUGUUGUGGCUCUAUACAACCAGAACAAUAUACGACGGAUGAGAAUCUACGAUCCCCACCAGCCGACUCUCCAAGCUCUCAGAGGCUCCAACAUUGAGCUAAUGCUAGGUGUCCCAAACACCGAUCUCCAAAACGUUGCUGCCAGCCAAGCCAACGCCAACACUUGGGUCCAAAACAACGUAAGAAAUUACCCGAAUGUCAGGUUUAGGUACAUCGCUGUAGGAAACGAAGUCAGCCCGUUGAGGGGAGACACUUCUCAGUAUGUCCAAUUUGUUCUCCCGGCCCUGCAAAACAUUCAGAAUGCUAUUUCUGCAGCUGGCCUGGGGAACCAAAUCAAAGUCUCCACUGCCGUCGAGACAGGUGUUCUUGGAAACGCGUAUCCUCCGGCAGAUGGGGUCUUCAGGCCCAAAGUUGCACAAUAUCUCAAUGGGAUCAUUCGUUUCUUAGUGAACAAUCGUGCCCCUCUACUCGUCAACAUAUAUCCUUACUUUUCUUAUAUUAGCAAUAAAGCACAGAUCAGUCUCCAAUACGCUCUUUUUACGUCUGACGGGGUCGUUGUGCCUGGGGGGAUACGGUAUCAAAAUCUUUUCUACGCGAUCUUGGAUGCAAUGUAUGCAGCACUAGAGAAGAGUGGCGGAUCGUCCCUGGAAAUUGUGGUGUCAGAGAGUGGUUGGCCAUCUGCCGGAGGAGACUCGACUUCCAUUGAUAAUGCUAGAACGUACAACACGAAUUUGAUUCAACGUGUGAAAAAUGGGACGCCUAAGAGGCCUGGACGGGCUAUAGAAACGUAUAUUUUCGCAAUGUUUGAUGAGAAUCAGAAGAACCCUGAAUAUGAGAAGCAUUUUGGGAUAUUUUCUCCGGACAGACGAGCUAAGUAUCCGAUCAAUUUUAACUAGUUGGAUUACAUGAUGAACAAGUUUAUCUACAUAAUAAGGACAUUAGUAGUCCACAAUUGCCUCUUUGUCUGAAUAAGGACUUGUGUAGUUUGACUGAGACGUAAAGAUUGCAAACGAUAUAUUAAACUAAACUAUUGGUGGAAUGGAAUUCUAUCGCUAUUUAUAGGAUAA